AUGGAUAAGUUUGUCAUUAGAUCAAAACGUGGGCAACCAAGCUCUAAUGCUACUAUUCCACUCGUUGCUUCAUCCAUACUUUUAGAAGUUCAAAGAGAUACUACUCCUUCAAAUAUCAAUUUUACAUAUUUGAAAGCCGACCCGGCAGAAAGAACGCCUAUAGUAGAAUAUGAUGCUAAUAUACAUGACGAAGUUAGAAGAUAUUAUAUUCAAAAGGGGACUUGUCAGCCUAAGGAUCAUAAUUUUUCGAAAACUCAAUUUGGGAAGAAGAAAAUUACAAUGCGUAAAUUUCAUCCCGGUUGGUUCAAGGGUCCAUAUUCCAAGUGGUUAGAGUACAGUAUAUCAAAAAAUGCUGCAUAUUGUUUGUGUUGCUACUUAUUUAAAAAUGAGCAUAAAGUUCGUGGAAAUAUGAUGGAUAUUGCUUUUACGCAAAAUGAAUUUAUGGGUUGGAACAAGGCUUUGGAGAGAUUCGGAACUCAUAUUGGAGAGGUUAAUAGCAUCCACAACAAGUGUUUCAACAUAAUGAUUGACCUGAUGAAUCAAUCACAAUCUAUUCGCACAUUUUUUUAUAAGCAUUCCGAGAAAGAAAAAAAUGAAUCUCGGCGUCGCUUGAGUGCUUCAAUCGAUGUUGCAAGGUUUCUUUUGAGAUUGGGAUUGUCAUUUCGUGGUCAUGAUGAGAGUGUAUCAUCUACAAAUAGAGAUAUAUUUCUUGAGCUUUUGCGAUGGUAUGGAAACAUUAAUGAGGAUGUUAUCAUGGAAGACCUAGAUGGUGAUUAUUUCGAGAUACUAGUUGAUGAAUCAAAAGAUAUAUCACAUAAGGAGCAAAUGACACUUGUUCUACGAUACGUUGACAAAAAAGGUGAAGUGAUAGAGCGAUUUAUUGGUGUAGUCCAUGUUAGUGAUGCAUCUGCACGAUCCUUGAAGAAGUCAAUCUAUUCAUUUCUUUUAGAUCACUCACCAAGUCUGUCCCAAAUCCGUGGACAAGGUUAUGAUGGUGCAAGUAACAUGCAAGGAGAACUAAAUGGUCUUAAGAAUUUAAUUUUGCGUGAUACUCCAUCUGCUUAUUCUACUCAUUGUUUUGCUCACCAGUUGCAGCUGACACUCGUGGCUCUUGUGAAGAAGAAUUCAGAUGUGGAUGAUUUUUUUUGUUUAAUUAGUAAUGUGUUGAAUAUUAUUGGAGCAUCUUAUAAGCGCAUAGAUUUUCUCAGACAACAUCAAGCUGCAAAGUUAGAGGAGUUGAUUAUUUCUGGUGAAGUGCACACAGGACGGGGACUAAAUCAAGAACGUGGACUUCAACGAUCAUGUGACACUCGUUGGGGUUCUCACUGUAAGACAUUAGAGAACUUCAUUGACAUAUUUUCAUCAAUUUUUUAUGUGUUUGGAUUUGCUGCACGUGAGUGUCCAAAUUAUCUUGACAGACUUACAAGUGAAACUCUUAAGAAUAUGAUUAAGGAAUUUGAUUUUGCUUUUAUGCUACACUUGAUGUUGAAAGUUCUAAUGAUAACAAAUCAUUUGAACUCCUCAUUAUAA